AUGGCGGGAGAAGACGUAAAAGCUUUGAUAGAAGGAGGAAAAGAUGACAAAAGCUUGAUGACGAGUCAAGAAGGGAUAACAAGUUCGUCACAGACUGCAUGGUCUUUGUCAACAACAGAUGGAGGAUCUUCCUCCAUAAAGUGCCCGAUGUUGAAUUCGAGUAAUUACACCGUAUGGUCAAUGAAGAUGAGGAUUCUGCUCAGAGUUCAUAAGUCAUGGGAUGUGAUCGAACAGGGGAAUAUUGAUGAGACAAAGAACGAUUUGACAAUCGCUUUAAUCAUCCAGUCGAUCCCUGAAGCUCUUAUUCUACAGAUUGGAGUUCUAGAAACUGCUAAAGAAAUAUGGGAAGCUAUAAGAUCAAGGCAUAUAGGAGCGGAUAUGGUUAAAGAGGCAAGGCUUCAAACCUUGAUGGCUGAGUUUGACCGGUUGAAGAUGAAGGAAACAGAGAGGAUUGAUGAGUUUGUUGAAAAGUUGUCUGCUAUUUCGACAAAAUCUGCAGCUUUGGGCAAUGAGCUGGCUGAACCUAUGAUCGUAAAGAAAUUCCUGUCGAGUCUCCCUCGUAGAAAGUUUAUUCACAUUGUGGCUGCUCUCGAGCAGGUGCUUGACUUGAAUAAAACAAGUUUUGAGAACAUCGUAGGUCGACUUAAGGCUUAUGAAGAAAUAAUUGGCGAAGAAGAAACAGAACAGGAUGAUGAUCAAGGCAAACUUAUGUUUGCCAAUUCAAAUUUGUUUGGAAGCUACAGAGGUCAGGGACGAGGAGGUCGCUCUUCCAGAGGCAGGGGAGGACGCGGCAGGUUUAGCUUUCAACAGAAGGAUAGAGAUAGGGAACAAGAUUUGUCGCAUAUCACCUGUUUUCUUUGUGACAAACAAGGUCACUAUGCGUCAGAUUAUCCUGAUAGGUUGCUUAAGCUGCAGGAGACAAUUGAGAAAAAGGACGAAGAGACUCAUACUGCAGAUGAGCUGAUGAUGAAUGAGGUAGUGUAUCUCCAAGAAGAUAAAGUGAAACCUAACACCUUUGAAACUAGUGUGGACAACACUAACAUAUGGUACUUGGAUAAUGGAGCAAGUAACCAUAUGAGUGGUGUUAGGAGUUUCUUUCAUGAACUAUGUGAGAAAGUGACAGGUAAGGUGAGAUUUGGAGACGACUCUAGAGUUGAUAUCAAGGGAAAAGGCUCCAUACGGUUCAUAUUUGAGAAUGGUGAGAAGAAAGUGCUAAACAAUGUUUACUAUAUACCAGAUUUAAAGAGUAACAUUGUGAGUCUCGGUCAGGCUACGGAAGCAGGGUGUGAGAUACAGAUGAAAGAUGAUAAGUUAAUGCUUUAUGACAAGCUUGGGAAGUUGCUUGUUAUGACAGGGAGAUCUAAAAACCGUUUGUACAAGGUUCUGUUGGAAGUGGAGAACAUUGAGUGUCUGCAACUAGUUUCUGUUGAUCAAUCCUCUACUUGA